GGCCGUUCUAUGAUUUCUGUAGGGCUCAGCUCCUCUCCCAGGGCUGCAGCCAGCACAGAGCUCUGUCUCUACGAUGCAUCUGGGAAGGAUUUGAUUUGUUUUUGUACAAAUUAAAAGAGUAGGACCCACAAGGGAGCAUCCUUUGACCCUGUUUUUAUGAGGACCAGCUGCUCCCGCAGGUGUGUUCAGAAAGAUGAAAUCUGCUCGCUCCCACGUAGGAAAUCUGCAGUCACACCAAGCGCAGGCUUGCCAGAGCUUGGAGUAAACAGCACAGCGUGGAGCGCAGCCCGGGGCCCAGCUCCAUCAUCCCCAUGGCUUCGGGGAAAACAGGGCAGGGAGAGCCGGGCGCCGUCCCCGCCUCCCGCAGCCCGGCGCGGAUCUGCGGGGUCCCGGGGCGGAGCGGGACUGCCGCCGCCGCGGCAGCGGAGCGGGCGGUCUCCAUGGCAACGCGGCAGUUCUCGCGAGAUUGUGUCGCUCGAUCGCGCGCACGCGUACCCGCAAAGGCAACGCGCCCGCCCACGGAGGCUCGGCCGUUCCCAUUGGUCGGACGUCACCGAGGGUGACGGCGCCGCGGCUGGUGAUUGGCUGCUCAGCGCGCAGGCGUGGGGCGGCAUGGCGGCGCCGGUGCGGAGGAGCGUGGUGUUCGUGACGGGCAACGCUAAGAAGCUGGAGGAGGUCACUCAGAUCCUCGGGGACUCCUCUCCGUACACGUUGGUGGCGAAGAAAAUUGACCUGCCCGAGUACCAGGGGGAGCCGGACGAGAUCUCCGUGCAGAAGUGCCGUGAGGCCGCCCGGCAGAUUCGGGGGCCUGUUAUAGUAGAGGACACCUGCCUGUGCUUCAAUGCCCUGGGGGGACUUCCAGGACCUUACAUAAAAUGGUUUCUGGAAAAGCUCAAGCCAGAAGGCCUGUACAAGCUGCUGGCUGGGUUUGAGGACAAAUCUGCCUAUGCUCUUUGCACCUUUGCAUUCAGUACUGGAAACCCAGAGGAGCCCGUGAAGCUGUUCAAAGGCCAGACACAUGGAGUGAUUGUUGAGCCCAGAGGUCCUCGAGAUUUUGGCUGGGAUCCCUGCUUUCAGCCUGAUGGCUAUGACCAGACCUACGCUGAGCUGCCCAAGGCUGUGAAGAACUCCAUCUCACACCGGUACCGUGCACUGAGCGAGCUCUCUGCCUUCUUCCUUCAGAGCAACCCAACAGAGGCCCCCUCCAGUCCCAGCUAGCAUCCCUGUGCCCACAGACACUGGGUGCUAUACUUUUCAUAUACAGCCCUGCAAGGUCUCGGUUCCAUCACAUGCUUAUAUUAAAGUUGCUCACGGUGAAGCCAC